AUGGCAGAGGCUAUUGGGUUUGCGUCCGCUGGUGUUGGAAUUGCGUCCUUUGUUGUCCAAGUUUUCACCAGCAUUAGUGCCUUGAAAGCUACUCAUCAGUAUAACCGAGAACAGGCACCAAGAGAGCUUCAUGAUCUUACCAGCAACCUUGAAUUCUUGAAAUUAUGUUUGGAAAGCCUCCAGCCCUUUGAGGGAAAUCCGCUCGUUAACCAUGCAAUUCGAAAUUGUCAAUCAAUGUAUAACGACGUGAACAAAGCUUUGAAAUCACUUCUAGAGAAGAUGCACCGAAGUCAAUCUAGCAAAAAAGCCAACUGGAAAUUCGGUCUAUCUCCGAAAAUUCGCAAACAGAUCGAGGAAAUUGGAAAUAAGAUUUCACAAGUUAUUCAAAUGCUGAAUACGUAA